UUUAAAGCGGCCGCCGCUGUCCCUGGUGCUGAAACUGCACAGAGACAACACGCUGAAGACUACAAAGAGACAGAGAGGGAGGGAGAGAGACCACACUGAGACUGCCGAGAACAAAAAUGUUCCCCGCUCCCCCCUUCCUACUCAUCCUGACCCUUACCCUUAUACAUGCCCCCUUUUUUCAUGCCAUGCCUGUGACCGAGGAACAGAGGCACCAGACCACCCAUCAAACAGCACACAGUGAUGCUGGACACCCCCCUCAACUCGAAAAUCAAGAGACUCCACUGGUUGAAAGCCAGCAUGAAAAAAGUGAAGCGAGGGCAACCUCUGAUGUCCAGUCUCCAUCCAGCAAUGAUGAUGAAGAUGAGCUCUUUAAAGACAUAAGUCCCAAAGCCCUAGCUGCAGUGCUCAUACAAGCACUGAACCUAGACAAUGGAGAGCAAACUCCUACUGUAGCAGAAAAAGUGUCCCCUACUAACCAGCAGCUUGUUAAAGAAGAAAAAGGUAAUGGAGAUGAAGAAGACUUGACCGAAAGAGUGAGUAGUAGAACACGAAGCUCUGACAACGAGGAAAUGACAAAGGUGGACGAGAAGGUAGAUGAAGAAGGAGAUAUCGAAAGUGUGAGGUCAUUGCUACAGGAACUUGAGGCUUUUGAACCUCCAACUAAAAAAGAGCAAGACCCACUGCAAGAAGGUAGCCUCGAGAGUGAUGAUCUGCAAGAGCUAAGGGAACUGUUAGGUUUUGGAGAACAAACAGAGGAGGAAAAAAGAAGUCCAAUGAAUCCUGUUCCACACACCCCUCGAAGGUUGGAGCAAGAAGAAGAGGAAGGAGAAGAGGAUGAAAAAAUUGCCAAUGCUGCCCAAGACCUUCUCCUUCAAUACUUAUUAAAUGGAGGUGAAAACGAUGACGAAGAUGAAGAAGAAGAGGAGGAUGAAAAGGAAAAUGAACAAGACUAUUCAGUAGAUGACUUUGUUGGUGGUCAACGACCACUGUUUGAGGAUGAGGAAGAGAGAAACACUCAGAGUAAGAGGUCUAAGGAUGAUGAUAUAGAAGAAGUAGAUCCACAAACUAUCGAUAAACUUAUCGAGCUUUCCAGUCGCUUACAUCUGCCGGCUGAUGAUGUGGUAGAUAUAAUUAAUGAUGUGGAGAAGAGAAAGAGGAGAAGGAUGAAGAAGAAGAAAGCAAGAGAUGACUUUCUUGGAAGAAAGGAAAGAAUCAGGAAUCCUCCACAGACAUGGUCAGACUCUAGCUAUUAUCCUAGAAGAAAGCUUGACCAACAGACUAGUUGGAAAAAGUCUUCUCCACCAUCCUGGAAUAAGAACAGAUUAUCAGAGUCUACAUGGAAGAAGUUAGCAAACCCAAUUUGGACUAAAUCUUCAAAGUCCAACUGGAAUAAGGUAUCAGAGCCAAGUUGGAAUAAGGUGCCAGAGCCAAGCUGGAAUAAGGUAUCCCAGCCAAGUUGGAAUAAAGUGUCAGAGCCAAGCUGGAAUAAGGUGCCCCAGUCAAGCUGGAAUAAAGUGUCCCAGUCGAGCUGGAAUAAGAUGCCUGAGUCAAGCUGGAAUAAGAUGCCUGAAUCAAACUGGAAUAAGAUGCCUGAGUCAAGCUGGAAUAAGAUGCCCGAGUCAAGCUGGAAUAAGAUGCCCGAGUCAAGCUGGAAUAAGAUGCCCGAGUCAAGCUGGAAUAAGAUGCCCGAGUCAAGCUGGAAUAAGAUGCCCGAGUCCAGCUGGAAUAAGAUGCCCGAGUCAAGCUGGAAUAAGGUACCUGAGCCCGGCUGGAAUAAGGUGUCUGAGUCAGAUUGGAAUGAGAUAUCAAAACCAAGCUGGAAUAAGAUGUCUGAAUCAAAAUGGAAUAAGGUAUCAGAACCAAACUGGAAACAGUUGGCAGAUCCUAGCUGGAAUAAGAUGCCAGAACAAAGCUGGAAUAAGGUGUCAGCACCCAGCUGGAAUAAGGUGUCGGAACCAAGCUGGAAUAAGGUGUCAGAAACAAACUGGAAUAAGAUUUCUGAGCCAAAUUGGAGCAGUCUACCAGACACGAAGUGGAAUAAGAUGCAGGAGCCAAGCUGGAAUAAAGCAUCACAACCAAGCUGGAAUAAAGCAAUGGAUCAGUACAUACGUAGAUACCGCGCACGUCCAGCCCCUUACACUAACUACAUCCGGCCUAGGCCUUUCCAGAACCCUCUGAGAUACUAUUAUAAACCUCCUGUCCCACAGGAUGACUACUUUGAUGAUGAACAAGAUAAGCAGUCGGAAAUGGAGAACUAUAUUGAAAGGAUCCUGUUGACCCAUCCUGAGGUUUUCCAGUGAUAUAAUCCUAGACCUGAUCCCAGUCAAAUAUAAGUUAACAACUUGACCCAGUCAGAAAAUCCAAUCCAGUUUCAUUAUAUACAACUCAACUGGAUAAAUGACUCAUUCACCCUCACUGAUCUCAGUUGGAUCCAUUUAGACCAAUUUAAGUAAAGUCAACAUACAAUGAUUAUACACAUAUAUAGCAAGCUCUCCAUUCGAGUGCCUAAUAGUGACAAUGUAAUAACUGAAUCCACAAUAGCACCUUUGAUGUCCAGUACUAUGUUAGAUGACCAUAAAGAUGACCCCCUACAACCUAGUCUACUGGUCCACCACUCACCAUGUUAAUGCAAAAAAAAACUAUUCCAUUCCAAGUAUGCCUAAAAUCUUAAGACCUGGUGGUAUUCAGGUAUACUUAAGGAUCCGGACAUGAACUUGUAUUUGGGAUAGUUCCCACACCCCCAGUUGAAACAUGGAUUUUCCCAGCCUUACAAUUUCAGGUUUAAUACAGUCUGUAAUUCAACAACAAAAAAAAUGUAACUAUUGCACUAGACAAGUUUCCUAUUCUUGGGAUUCAUUGAAAUAUCCGAGAUUGUGGAACACUAAAUCUUUAACCCUUAGAAUGAUCUAAAGGAGGCAAAUAUGUAUAUAUAUAGUAGAUGGUCUAUGCACUGUGGAAACAAUUAUUUCCAGGCUUUCCAAACAACACAUAUUCCUACAGUAGAAAUAGUAUAGUCAAUGGGACUGUUCUUACAGACGGUGCUGUCCUCUGUACUUAUCGAUCUACUGCCCUACUCUACCCAAAAUUCCCUGAUGGCUUAAAGGGGUACAUCACUGGCCAGCAUUCAGAACAUUUAGUUCCAAACACUGUGUGCACGCUGCGGGGAUUGACCACGCCCCCUUGUGAUGUCACACCUCAAUGCAAGUCUAUGGAAGGGGGUGUGACAGCGCAUACACAGCGUUCGGAACCAAAUGUUCCAAACGCUGGCCAUUGGUGUACCCCUUUAAAUAGGUUGGAGUGGAAUCACACACACGAUAACUGAGUAUGUGGAAUAUUUGUCUCCACUGUCCAUAGAGAACCAAUGCACUAAAAAGGUCAAAGUGCACUUAACUGAUCCCUAUAAAACCACCCACAAAGAUCUAGCAGGGGGUAAGAUCUGUAAAAAAAAAAAAUUUCAGUACGUCCCACAGUGUCAGAUAGACGUGGCCAGGGUUCUGCUGUGCCCCAGGGCCACAAAGUCACUCUGCCCUUUCUCUGACACAUGGCGCUUGUCUGUCAAUGGCAGUGUUCAGACACACCGCGCAUGCGCUGUCAUCCCCAUUGGUUGCACAUGCAAGGACAAAACACACAGGGCUUUGCCCAUGCACACUGCACAUGCGCUGCAAUCAAUCAUUGGCUGAGCAUGGGCAGGCAAAACACAGGCGCCCUGUGUGUCAAUAAAAGGGUAGAGUGGCCAUGAUGUAGGAGCAGAGGGGUGUUCCGAUCCCGGGCAACAGCAGACCUCUGGCCACGCCUCUUUGACACGUAUGAAAAUAUAGUUUUUUUUUUACAGAAUAAAGCCACCACAUUACAUGUGGGCAGUUUUAUAGGGUUCCGUAAAGUGACAGCUGCACUUUAAGCUACCAGCCUAAGGGUUAAAUAUUUAUCAUACCAUAGAAAUUGGGAGGUAAAAUAUGUCUCUCGAAAUUGAGCACAAUAUUUGUAGUCCCACGAACCUUACAAUACAGGAAAAAAAAAAAAAAAAAAGAUGUCCUACUUAUGGGGUACAUUGCCCCUCCCUGUCAGCUCCAGACCCCUCCUCCUGGACUUACUAGUUGCAUGCCCCCACCCCUGUCCUCCAUCCAGUGUCUUGGCUGCUGUAGCCUGUUCUGUGAUGCUGUUGGUGUUCCUUGCUAAUAAACGAGCUUUCUCUCUGCUCCACUUUGUACAUAUCAUAUGAAUACUUUUGCUAAGGAAAUAAAGCUAACUAUUUUA